GUGGCAGGAGGGUUGUGUUUAUUGAACCCGUUGUGGGUGGAGUUCAGUCCUGAGCUCCAGUUCACGUUUUCCUCCAGCCACUCUCUGCUGGGGUGAUUAUUCUGAUUUACUCUGUCCCAGUUUGUUCCCCAGAGAUACUACUCGUGCACACAUGCCUUUUGCUCAAACAAACACAACAGACAACAAAGUGCCCAACGUGGUUGAUUAUGGAGAAGCUGUUUCUCACUCUUAGCCAUCUUUGAGCACCAUGGAUGGAGUUCUUCAAUGUGCUGGAUGGACAACCUGAGGAAUGACAACAUAGUGCGACACUGACUGGAAACUUGUGCAGCCAGCAUUGCCAUGGAGUUUGGAAAAGUUUGGUCCAGACAUCAGAGGACACUGCUGAUCACUAUGAUGAUGUUCAAACUUGGUCUUCUGUGUACAGCUGCAGCAGACAAGUGUCUCUCAUCACCUUGUAACAAUGGUGCAACAUGUCUUGAACACCUGGGUGACUAUGUGUGCCUUUGUCCAAAAGGACCGGUGUGGUACAUGGGCAAAAACUGUGAUGAGCUCUAUGACGCGUGUAUCUUGGCACCUUGCACCAAUUGCACAAGCAGUCCCGGAACUGACAUCUUCACAUGCCACUGUCCGGAUGGUUUCACAGGCACUAACUGCACCCAGGAUGUAGAUGAGUGUGAGAGCAACCCCUGCAAAGGUAUCAAGUCAAACUGUGUCAACAGUAUUGGAGCCUAUUCGUGCCACUGUCCGUAUGGAUUUGGAGCUGAAAACUGUGAGUCUAGUGUCACCACAUGUUCUGAAGAAACAUGCCACAAUAGUGGAACUUGUAUGGACAUUCCUGACAUUGGACAUUAUUGUCAGUGUGAUGCUGGAUUCCAAGGAGCCAACUGUGAAGAAAACAUCAAUGAAUGCGAAUCUGCACCAUGUCAAAAUGGUGCCAUCUGUAAAGAUGGCAUCAAUGGCUACCAGUGUUUUUGUGUGCCUGGAUUUCAAGGCUUCCACUGUGACUUGGACAUAAAUGAGUGUGCCUCUCAACCCUGUCAAAAUAAUGGUACAUGUUUGGAUGAAGUGGACAAUUACAGCUGUGAUUGUGUUGAAGGCUUCAAAGGGAUUAAUUGUGAAGUAGAGAUUGAUGAGUGCGAAGUACAACCCUGCCAGAACGGCGCUACCUGCCGAGACUAUGUUGCCAUGUACACGUGUGAUUGUAUGGACGGCUUCCGGGGUCAAGACUGUGAGGUCAACAUUGAUGAAUGUGCCAGCAUGCCAUGUCUAAAUGAUGGCCAUUGCAUUGAUGGGGUCAACAGAUAUAAGUGUGACUGUGCGGGGACGGGCUUUGAAGGUGACAACUGUGAGGAGGAUAUUCCUGAAUGUGCUUCUGGUCCAUGCCAGCAUGGAGGGACUUGCUUGGAAGGGAUCAACCAGUACAAAUGCCUUUGUUGGCCAGGUUACAAUGGAGAGAAUUGUCAAGUGGAUGAAGACGAGUGUGAGCAGUACCCCUGUGAGAAUGGUGGUGAAUGUUUCCAGCGUUCAAACAUUGAGAACUAUGGCGUACUCGCUGAACUCAGCACUGCAAAUUUUUCCUAUGAAGAAGCAGCUGGAUUCAUCUGUCACUGUCAACCUGGAUUCACAGGAGAAAAUUGCUCUAUCAAUGUGGAUGAGUGUGAGUCUGCUCCAUGCCAGCAUGGAGGAAGCUGCCAGGAUUCAAUCAACUCAUAUCGAUGUUUGUGCUCAGAUGGAUUUACAGGUGUGCAUUGUGAAGUGGAUAUAAAUGAGUGUGACAGCAACCCCUGCCAGAAUGGUGCCACAUGUGAGGAUGCUGCCAACUCUUAUAUAUGUCACUGUCCUGCACCGGAACUGGGUAGAUUGCCAUUGGGUGGGCGCAACUGUGAUGUUCUCCUGGUUGGCUGCCAGCAGCACCAAUGUCAACAUGAUGGCAUCUGCAUUCCUCUGCUGACGGCGUAUGGCGAGCACAGCUACACGUGUCAAUGUGGGCCAGGCUGGACGGGAGAACUGUGUAACACUUCUACCACUUUUUCCUUCAACUCAGAGGGUUAUGUCCACAUGCAGUUACCCAUUUCGAAAAACAGAGCAAGGCCAAGUACUGGUGACCACAUCUAUGGACUUCAUAUGCAGCUAAGAUUUAGGAGCACUUUGCCUGACAUGUUGUUGUACCAUCGUGGUACCAUGGAAAACUUCAUCUCCCUUGAAUUGGUGCGGGGCUCUCUCCAGGCAAGGUUAAAAUCUGGGAGAUUGAUAGAGGUCACAUAUCCAGGUCAAGUCAACGACGGAGAAUGGUACCGAGUUACUGUGACGAUGGAUGAGAGACUGAUUAUGAUUAUAGAGGGACCUGGCUGUAAGGGAGGAUGUCGAGUGAAAAAUGAAGUGUACAACCAUCUGAUAUUCUUCCGGUCAAAUUCCUUUCAGCAGCUGUACGUAGGAGGAGUGCCAAAGGAAUAUUUGACAUUCACAUUAAGUGGGAAGGGUUACAUUGGCUGCAUGGAAGACCUUAGAGUUGACCAUAAAUUGCUACUGCCUCAGGACCUCAUGAGAGAGGAAAACACAGGCUUGGAAUUGGGAUGUGUCAAGGAGGAUUUGUGCCGUGACGACCCUUGCAAACAAUUUGGGUUUUGCGUGGACAUGUGGGUAGUGGCCAAAUGUCAGUGUCACCGACCAUACUUUGGAGAAACAUGUGACAAAGAAUACCCAUCCUGGACCUUUGGUCAUGAGAACACUACAAGCUAUGCUGCCUUUGACAUCACCGAAACCCAUGGAGAAAAUUUCACCAUCUCCUUCAUUAUGCGUUCUCUUAAAAAAAGUGGACUUCUUCUCCAGUUUCGCCGAGAGGAAAAGUCCUACCUGACAAUCUACCUGAAGGAAGCUACAGUUGCCAUCUACAGCCCUUACACAACGCUCUUGUCAGAGGCUAAGUUUGUCUCCGAUGGAAAAAGUAAUUUGGUGACAAUCAAAGUAAGAUACGGCCAUGUGUUCUUCCCAAUCGCUGGAAACCAUCGGGCCUUAGGGAAUGUGAGCAUAGAGGCAGGGGAUGUUGUGUAUGUUGGAGGACUCCCUGAAAGUGACAAUGAGAAUGACUGGGGUGGAAAAUUCAAGGGCUGUCUGCAAGACAUUCGACUAGAUGACAAGCAUUUGUCUUUUGUGGACUACAAAGAAGAGGUGGACAUUUAUCAGGCAACUGCAGAGAAGAACAUUCUGCCAGGAUGUCAAAGUGACAAUACAUGCAAGAAUGAACCUUGUGUCAACGGUGGCAAGUGUCAGAUCACCUGGAAUGAUUUCAAGUGUGACUGCUCCAUUAAUUUCUCUGGGAGACUAUGUGAGAAACGUUUGUGGUGUGUCGAAAACCCUUGCUUUGAAGGAGGGAAAUGCGUCGACCUUUGGGAUGGUUAUGAGUGCUUGACUGAAGCCAUUUUCCAGGACAAUGCUCUCGAGUAUUUUGCCAACAGCUCCCUUUUGAGCCCAGUAACAAACAUUACAAUGGACAUUAGAACACGGGACGAAAAUGGUAUCUUGCUGAGGGCUGAGAACCGACCAGAGGUAUUCUGUUUGGGCCUCCUUAACUCCACACUUCUGGUCAAAAUGGACACCGGAACAAGUGCAGAGCUGCUAGCUUUUACCAGUGACAGGAUCAUCGCAGACGGGGCCUGGCAUCGAAUUCAUUUGACAAUGAUUGACCCUGCACAAUCGGUGUCCCGAUGGCGUCUCACUGUAGAUGGUCAGACAGCGGGUUGUAGCCUUGGGGUUGGUGGUAACCUUAACUUCCUUAAUGAUUCAAAAAUUUGGCUGGCGGAGAAAUUUGCUGGAUGUUUGGGGGAAGUUCGAAUCGGCGGAAUCUACCUACCAAUUUUCAGUGUGCCAGAUGCUCCUCAGACAAGUCAUUUCUCCAGACUGAGUGGACAUGAGCCUCACUUAGGAUGCCAGGGUGCUCCAGUUUGUGACUCUCAGCCAUGUCUUAAUCAGGGUGUGUGCCAUGACCAUUUUAAUGAGUUUAACUGCAGCUGCAACCCAGGGUGGGAAGGAGAACUAUGUGAGGCCGAAAUAAAUGAGUGCUCUUCUGGACCCUGUGUCUACGGGACAUGUACAGACCUUCUGGCAGAUUACCAGUGUGACUGCGAGCCUGGAUAUAUAGGGAGAAAUUGUCAGGAAGAAGUGGACAACUGUUUGGAAUUUGGUUGCUUGAACGAGGGGAUCUGUGUAGAAACAGGGGCAACUCCUACCUGUGUGUGUCCUCCUGGAUACGUGGGAAAACGCUGCCAGCGGCGAUUCCCUCCUGUGGCAUGUGAUGCCAAAACAGAGUGCCUUAACGGAGGAGUUUGCAUUGGAGGCGAUACUGGUGGGAACUGCACCUGCAAGCCUGGGUACACUGGUGGCAGGUGUGAGACAGAAAUAGACGAAUGCAGCUCUAGCCCUUGUCUUAAUGGUGCCACCUGUCUAGACAGACUCAACCACUUUCAGUGUGUAUGUGUGCCAGGCUACAGUGGCACAUUGUGUGAGAGCAAUAAAAAGGAGCAAAAGGAGCGGAUCCCUUGGCUGGUGGUGACCAUUCCCCUCAUCACUUUAUGCGUAUUAAUAGCUAUUCUAGUUGUCUUUUUCCUCAUCAUGACGGCCCGGAAGAAACGUCAGUCAGAGGGCACCUACAGCCCGAGCUCACAGGAGGUGGCUGGAGCCAGGCUGGAAAUGGGCAGUGUACUCAAAGUGCCCCCCGAGGAGAGGCUAAUCUGAGACCUACAGCCUCACAUUAGAUGAAGGUGUGUGGAACAAGUUGAGAGCAAAACAACGAAAGAGCUGUGCCCCACUUGCCCCCAACUCCCAAAACAGUGGAGAGAAAAAUGAAUCUAUAAAUGACUGAUGCUCCAACUUGGGAAAGCUACUGACGUUGAAGCUUCAAAGAUGGAUCAGCUCAAAUACGAUCAGAAGAGAAGACAUGACAAAGAUUCGUUUGGUAAAAUGGGAACAAGUCGCAGAGACAAUCUCAGUGUUUGAAAGAAUUUGACUCAAAUUUGGAACAAUGUCCUGUUGUCAGAGAGAGUUAAUGAAUUGCUUCCAGAUAUUGCUGUACGUUUACAUCUGGUUCAAAAAUUGUGUCCUGACCUAUCCGAUCACAAGUGGACAGAGCUAUCUUUAUUUAUUAAACAAUUUUGGCAAUGUUGAUGUUAGAAUGUUUUCAGGAUAAUUUUUUAAUUGCAUUACACAGACUAUGUUAUAGUUCACAUUUUAUAUCAUAUCGCUUUUAAAAACUAAUAGAUUUUAAAUGGGUUUCUAGACAAUUUGUCAUAAUAAGAUCUUAGAUUAUAAUAAUGCUCAAAUCUAUUGCUUUUUUAAUUCUUGGGACCAAAAGACCAUAUCGUGAUUAUUUGCAUAUUAAUCAUAUAACAUUUUCUUUUUUUAAAUUCUAAUAGUAAUUUUAGGAUAGAUUUAACCACAAAGUAUUAAAGUGUAAAUGAUUUAUCUCAAGCACCUUAAAAAUCAUUUUAUUGCUACACAAUUGAUGUUACAUCAUAAUCGCUAAUUUAUUGGUAUACAACCUACAAUAUGUUUGGUGAAAUGACAACCACAAUUUUCGAACUAUAAGCCGCUACUUUUUCCCCUCAUUUUGAAUCCUGCGGCUUAUAGUACAGUGCGGCGUAUUUGUUGAUUUAUUUGGGUUAGUAGGUAACACUUUAUUUGACAGCGGUAUCAUAAGACUGUCAUAAGACCGUCAUAACUAUGACAUGACACUAUCAUGGGCAUUACGGAAUGCUUUUGAAAGAUGUAAUUAAGUGGCAUCUGGCAAAUUAUGCCACUAACUCCAUUUAUGUCCAGUUCCGAUAAUUUACAUCCAUACAAAGUGACAUAAUUUGCCGGAUAACACUAAAUGACAUCUGUAAUAAGCAUGCAUUAAUGCUUAUGACAGUGUCAUAUCAUAAUUAUGAUUUUGUAAUGACAGUCCUAUGGCGCCACUGUCAAAUGAAGUGUUACCAAAUACAAUAACUAGCAAUUAAUGAACAAAUACUAGAACAGUAACGGAAGAUAUAAUUUGCAGAGAACAUGAAUUUUGAUGCAUGCUAGGAGGCAAGUUGAACAAGUGUUGACAGCAGGUGGCAGCAGAGGUUGAAUGCCUCCCCCAAGGGAGCAGCGAUGGCCAAAUGAAGCUUCUUGAAGCAAGGAAGCUUGAAGCAUAGUGGCUCAUUUGGUCUUAUGAGAUUCGUAUGAUGCCGCUGUCAAAUAAAGCUUUACCAGUUAAUAUCUUUUGGUGUAAAUAUUCCAUAAUACAGUGGGGACAGCUGCGGCUUAUAGUCCAGUGUGGCUUAUCAAUGAACAAAUAUUGUUUUUGAGUCAAAGUUGGUAGGUGGCGACUUAUAGUCAGGUACGCCUUAUAGUCCGAAAAUGACGGUAAAUGUAGCAAUAUAUGAAAGUAAAAACAUGGAAGUCACAGGUAAAAGGUCAGUAUUAUAUAUGUUUUAAAAAGCUAAUGUCGUGAGUAAGACUUUAACAAUUUUCUUUCUCUAGUAAGCACUGAAAUGACACAUUAUUGCUUCUAUGAGGCACAGAUGAGCUACUCUGUAUAUAUGCAUUAUCUAUGAGAAAUAUAUUAUCACAUGAUUUAGUGUUUUCAAUUUAUACCAUUAGUAUGUGACAUUACAAAGAACAUAACAAACAACAACUAGCAAUGUAAUUUUUUUUGUUUUUUGUUGUUGUUUUUUUGUUUUAGGCGUUCACAAGUUAAUACGAAAAUUCCAUUUGAGAUCGGAUGAGUCAGGACGCAUAAUUAUCCCAGGUCUAAACAGGGCCUUCGUUUAAAUUACAAAAAAAUAAAGUGACACUCACGUUUUGUUUUGUUUGUCAACAUUACAUUGGAUUUUUGUAUUUUUAUGACCACUAAGCAACAUAGCCAUAUGCAUGAAAAUCAAGGAUAUGUAGUUUUAGCAGUCAUCACAGCCAAGAAAGCAUUUCCUUCUAACCUGUUGUUUGUUAUUUUCUUGACUUGGAGAUUACAGGUUUCCUUUCCACUCAGUUAUUUUCCAUGUUCUGAAAUGCCAUGUCCAACAGAAAAGCUGUUUGACUUGUUAAAAAUACUGAUAACGGGUUUGAACAUAUCCUCCAAAUGACAAAGACAGUUGCUUGCUGUCUGAAAAAAAUCACUUGUGCUUGAUUUAAACCUCUAACUGAUCCUCAGAACAGAAUUAGUUUAUUUUCAUCUUCUAACAUGUCUUAAAACUUAAGUUUGUGAAAUUCAUGAAGGAACAUUGUAAAUACACAAAAUGACUCAACAUAUUGAUAAUGAAUUAUUGUAUGUACAUAUGAUGAUGCGUUUUUUUUUUUUGUGUGUGUGUGUGUGUGAAAAGAGUUUUGUAACAUUCAAAGUUGAAGGUAUUUAAUUGAGAGACUGAAGACUGUGCUUCCCUGUAGUGACAUCUCCCCUUCUUGAAUUUGAGAUUUGACUUUCCUUCUUCAGUACCACAGGAUGGGCCUUACAGGGGAGGCUGAUGUUUGUGGUCCCUCUGUAGCUGGAACAUACACUCCUGUCCUGCUUUUUUAAAUGGAAAAAUAUCACAUAUUCCUAGAGCUUGCUUCUAUAGCUAGGAAUCAGUCCUCAGCUUUAGCUGUGACCUAGCUCAUGCUGCACUCGACUCCCUCGGCCCCUACCACGGGUGAUGAGCGGACCCAUGUUUGUAGGGGCACAAUUUAAUUAGCUUUAAUAAGUUUAUAAAGUUGUGUUUAGUGAGACCAGGCUCAAAGCAUUUUCAUUAACUCAUCAUUGGGCCAUUAAGAAGACCCUUAUAAUCCUGUUUCAUACACAUUUUUUUUUUUUUUUUUUUUUUAAAUUUUGGAAUAUCUUAUUCUUCAAGCGGUGUGUAUUGGGUUUUCUCCUUAUAGCCUUGCUUUUUCCACCCCCUUUUCCCUUUCUGCAAAUCCAUUAUACCGGUGCUUCUCCUACAACUCAUGUUUAAUCCUAUUGAUUUUAUGAAGGUAUGUAAAUGAAGGUAUUGGGAUUGCUUAGUUCCCUUGUAAAAUGCCUAUGGGACUGCACAGGCCUUUCUUGUGUAUGAGGAGAUGCAAGAUGUGCCUUCAUGUUUUGAAACAUCCUGUGAUCGUGAUUUUUUUUUUUGGAGGGGGGGGGGGGUAUUUAUUCCUCUAGAACAAAUACAGCUGACUCAUCCAAUAUGCGCAACAAUUUUAAAUGUUUACUUUUUUUUCAAACAGUCAAACACUGUUCUACAGUAUACGAGAAAAUCUAAUUACCCUAUGUCUUAUAUGCACAAUAUGGUAGUGAUGUCCCACUGGAGUUGUCUUGUCACUGUUGCACCAAAUGGCAGUACCGGUUAAAAUUGGAAGUGUUAAUCCAAAGUACCAUGGGUUUAUGUUGUAUGUUGUAAAUUUGUACUGCAGAUUACCAGAUCCACAUUAAUUUAAUGUAAAAAACUAGUCCAUUUCUACUUAUGCUUUCAUUUAGAAUUAACAGUUCAAAAAGUGGAAAUGUCAAUGUGUAAGAAAGCUUUGAGAAUUUACAAAAUUUGAUUACUGUCCAUCGGAAAUGGUGAAAAUGGAUAGUUACACAUCAUUUGUAUAUUUGGAAUUAUUGCUCUUUGUGAACAAGAUGAAAUGUAUUUUUAUAAUACAGUGUUGAAAAACAAAUAAAUUGUGAUUGUCAGAGAUUUUUUUUUUUGGUGU